AUGGCUAGAUACGGUGCUACUUCUACCAACCCAGCUAAGUCGGCCGCUGCUCGUGGUUCUUACUUGCGUGUUUCUUUCAAGAACACCCGUGAGACCGCUCAGGCCAUCAACGGAUGGGGUUUGGAAAAGGCUCAGAAAUACUUGGAACAAGUUUUGGACCACCAGAGAGCCAUCCCAUUCAGAAGAUUCAACUCCUCGAUCGGUAGAACUGCUCAAGGUAAGGAGUUCGGUGUCACCAAGGCCAGAUGGCCAGCCAAGUCUGUCAAGUUCGUCCAGGACUUGUUGCAAAACGCUGCUGCUAACGCUGAGGCCAAGGGUUUGGACUCCACCAAGCUUUUCGUUUCCCACAUCCAGGUCAACAAGGCUCCAAAGCAAAGAAGAAGAACUUUCAGAGCUCACGGUAGAAUCAACAAGUACGAAUCCAGUCCAUCCCACAUUGAACUUGUUCUAACCGAAAAGGAGGAAGCCGUUGAGAAGGCUGCCGAAAAGAAGGUUGUCAGAUUGUCCUCUAGACAAAGAGGUAGAUUGGCCGAACAAAAGCGUAUCGCCGCUUAA